AUGGCGAUUGGUCAAUUAAUGCUCCGCUGUGACAUUCCAACAAAGAUGUGGCGAAGCUCAUGGCACACAGCUCUUCGUGCUAAAAGCCGUGGUGAUGCGCGGUAUAUCCAGCGAAAAAUGGCAAAUGCAAAAGCUUCUCCUUCAUCAGCUACUUAUGCCUUAGCAAGCGCCAGUCUCGCAGUGGCAGCAAUUAUAACCUACAACACACGAGAGAAAAACACACAAUUCGAGGCAAAAUUAGGGAAGACUAGUGUGUUAUCGCGCAAUUUCAUUGCUGAUGCUGUGGAGAAAGCGUUUCCUGCUGUCGUAAACAUUGCUGUAGAUUCAGGAUAUGUUGGUAGCAAUGGUUCGGGAUUCAUUAUUACGCAGAAAGGUCUCAUCGUCACGAAUGCUCAUGUUCUUGCGCGAUGCAACCGCUACUCUAAGAUUCAGGUAACGUUUGCGGAUGGUAAAAACUACCCUGCUGUGAUCCAUAGUACGGAUCCUUUAUCAGAUAUCGCACUUUUACAAAUCAAGUCCGACGAAGUAAAAACGUGGCCAAUGAUAUCUAUCGGCUCUUCUUCAGAGCUGCGUGCAGGUGAGUGGGUGUGUGCUCUUGGAAGUCCAUUUUCGCUACAAAACAGUGUAAGCGCUGGAAUCAUUAGCGCCGUAGCACGGCACAGCAGCGAGCUAGGCUACCCCCAGAGGGGCGGCGAGUAUAUUCAGACCGACGCAGCCAUCAAUGCUGGAAAUUCUGGUGGCCCGCUUAUCAACCUCGAUGGUGAAGUAAUUGGCAUUAAUACUAUGAAAGUUGAUGGCAGCGUGGGCAUCUCGUUUGCCAUUCCGGCUGAUACUGCAGUUCAGGAAAUCAGCCGCAUGUUUUCGGACGUAACAGAAGGUGUCAUUGUUAAGUCCAUUACUCCAGGAUCGCCAGCUCACAAGGGAGGCUUGCUACCAGGUGACGUUAUCGUCUCGUUCGAUGGAAAGAAAGUGCGGAAUACAAAGGACAUUCUUACAGCGGUCGGCUAUAUCAUUGGCCGUGAUAUUCCUAUACAUGUCAAGCGGCGUGGAAAGAAAGAUCUAGUCAAGCUGAAGGUUACAACAGGACCGAUGCCGGCUAUGAUGGGAGCUCUGUAG